AUGGUUUUUAUUACAAUAUCAGACGAUAAUAAUAUAAUAACUAGUCUUGAUGUUCAUGAGGAUACAGAAAUUUGGACGAUAACAAAUAUUAUUGAAAAUGAUUUUUCUCUAAAUAUGAAUAUAAAUGAAUUAACAUAUAAUGGAAAUGCUGUGGAUAAAUUUGAUACGAUAAAAAAAUUAAAUAUAAAAGAAGGAGACUUAUUAUUUGUACGUAAAAAGAUUAGUGCUGAUAUAAUGAAUGAUAAUGUUAAUAAUAUGUCAGCUUUAAAUAAUAUUCUUUCCACAAAUAAUAAUGUUGGAAAUAUUGGAAAUAUUGGAAAUAAUUUAAAUAACGAAAACGUACAAAAUCUCUUAAAUAAUCCAGCUUUCAAAACAUUAUUAGAUCAAUUUAAAGUAUAUCAAGAAAAUGAAUAUAUUAAAAAAGAAUCUGAAAUUUUAUUGGAAAUGAAAAAUGAUAAAAGCAAAAUGGCAGUUUUGAAAUUACAAGAUGAACCUUUAUAUAAUGCUAUUUUUUCACAAAAUUUAGAGGAGAUAAAAAAAAUUGUAAAAGAGAAAUAUGAAACUGAAAAAAAAGAAAAAGAAAAAGAACAACAAAUGUAUGAAAAUGCUUUAAAAAAUCCUUUAUCAGAAGAUUCACAGAAAUUUAUAUAUGAAAAUAUAUAUAAAAAUGAAAUUAAUAAUAAUUUAGCUUUAGCUCAAGAACAUUUCCCUGAAGCCUUUGGUGUCGUUUUUAUGUUAUAUAUACCAGUAGAAAUUAAUAAAAACACAGUACAUGCAUUCGUAGAUUCUGGAGCACAAUCAAGCAUAAUGUCAAAAAAAUGUGCACAAAAAUGUAAUAUUCUAAGACUCAUGGAUAAAAGAUUUACAGGAAUAGCAAAGGGAGUAGGUACCAAAACUAUUCUAGGAAAAAUACAUAUGAUAGAUAUUAAAAUUGGGAAUUAUUUUUAUGCUGUAUCCUUAACUAUUAUUGAAGAUUAUGAUAUUGAUUUUAUAUUCGGAUUAGAUUUAUUAAAAAGACACCAAUGUUUAAUAGAUUUUAAGCAAAAUGCUCUAAUUAUCGAAGACAAUAAAAUACCUUUCUUAUCAGAAAAAGAUGUUAUAUCUAUUUCAACACAAAGUAUAGACAUUGAUGCAAACAAUGAUUUAUAA